CUCCUCCUCGUUCCUUCGCACCCUCGCCAUCAACCAUCGUCGUGAUCCGGCCGUUAGAGACCCGACAUGAUGCAGGAGAUCGUACACAGCCGAAGCCGCAGCUGCAGCCACAACUGCCUCUGCCGUUGACCUUGCCACUGCCCACGCCGCACCCACACACCAAACGGCCGCCGAUCCCCCCGGCGAAGAAGCCGGUCCCCUCGCUCACCAGGACCGUCCACGACAGGUUCUCCGCGGCGGCGAUGCAGAGCUACGCGCUCGGCACCCCGACAGCAGACCACCUGCUGACGCUGACGAAGCUGAACGUGUACCGGGCGCUGGUCAGCAACACGGCCACGCUGGGCAUCCCGUUGUCGCAGAUGUGGGAUGACGAAGCGCUCUCGCCUUUUACCCACGUCUUCCCUUUACCCCCGAUGGCCAAACCACAAGAUGGGAAGAGUCUCCCCCUCGCUCUGCAGCCGACCGUCCUGCAACGUACAACACCUCACCACCCGUGGAUCGACUUCUUCCCGCUCCCACGCAUGCGCGACAAUCUGAUCCGCGCCCUGUCCCUCUACGACGAAGACGCCCUCUGCGUCGACAUCCUCGGCUUCUGGGAGCCGGGCUCCCGCCACAACGCCCUCCUCGUCUGGGGGGAUCCCGCCGACCCGCGCUCCUGGGAGGUCUCCGAGUCCUUUCUGCGCAACUGGCGCUGGGUGCUUCACGGCUGUCCCGAGCUCUUCCACUCGACCAAUUACUGGCGAGCCAAGCGCGGGGAGAAAUCCAUUCGUGUGACUUGUUAGCUGGGAUUUUCCUUUUUCCUUGACUCCUCCUAUCUCUAUUCUUCUCUACAAUGUUUACUCCUUAUGCAGGCGGCUUACGCGUUAACCGGAUCAGGGUAAGCCUGUCAGCGCUUAUAUUACCACUAAUACCAUAUUACACAGUUCAUACGCAGUAAGUACCUAGGUAGUUACCUGGUAUUUCUAUAUCUAGGUACCUAGGUAGUUAAUAGGUAGUUAACUACUAUACUCUAUACUAUUUAUCAUAAAGUAAUAUAUUUCCC